AUGGAGAAUCCAAGCAAUGUGACCGAAUUCAUUCUUUUGGGCAUUACAGAGAAUCCAGAGCUGCGGAAAAUGCUCUCUGCUAUGUUUCUAAUCAUGUAUGUGUCCACGGUUUUGGGAAACCUACUCAUUGUGGUAACCGUGAUCACGAGUCAGAGCCUGAGAUCACCUAUGUAUUUUUUCCUUACUUCCUUUUCCCUCAUGGAUGUCACCUACUCUUCCGUCAUUGCCCCCAAGACAAUUGUGGACUCCUUCUCCGAGAGCACUACCAUCUCCUUUGAAGGCUGCAUGACCCAGCUCUUUGCGGAGCAUUUCUUUGGGGGUGUGGGGAUCAUCCUUCUCAUCGUCAUGGCCUAUGACCGCUACGUGGCCAUCUGUAAGCCCCUGCACUACAUGAUCGUCAUGAGCCCUCGGGUGUGCUGCCUGCUACUGGGCGGGGCCUGCAUGGGGGGGUUUAUCCACGCAGGAAUACAGCUUCUCUUCAUGUAUCAGAUACCCUUCUGUGGUCCCAAUGUCAUCGAUCACUUUAUAUGUGAUUUGUUUCCAUUGCUGAAACUCGCCUGCACGGACACCCACACCCUGGGUCUCUUAGUCAUCCUCAACAGUGGGGUGAUGUGUGUGGCCAUCUUCCUUAUCCUCAUGGCUUCCUAUAGGGUCAUCCUCUGCUCCCUGAAGUCUUGCAGCUCCGCAGGGGGGCGCAAAGCCCUCUCCACCUGUGGCUCCCACCUCACUGCGGUAGUCUUGUUCUUCGUGCCUUGCAUUUUCCUGUACGUGCGGCCUGUGGCCACUUACCCCAUAGACAAGGCAAUGGCCGUGUCCUUUACUAUUGUUGCACCCAUGUUAAACCCCUUGAUCUACACAUUGAGGAACACAGAGGUGAAAAAUGCCAUGAGGAAACUGUGCAUAAACGAGCAUCCCUGGGGUGUCACUAGCUUACAUGCUAAGGAAAAAUCUUUUCUACAAGGACAAUGA